AUGGUCUUGUCUCAGCAAGAGACGCUGGAGAUGAUCCGGCCGCUGCUGGAGAAGGAAGGGAAGGAGUACGAGAAGUACCAGCGUGCCCUGAUUCGUAAGGCCGCUCCCGGCGAGAUUGUGGUGACUGUGGUCGGCGGGAAGGAGGAAACGAGAAACACAGCCCAGGAGGGUGACAUGGUUGUUCACGCGAUGACCCACGAUGGCGAGGAGUAUAUCCUGAAGGAAAGCCAGUUUAGGAAGAACUACUUCGCUGACCGCCCGGAGGACCUUCCGCAGGACCAUGAGCUCAAGGACAAGGGCUUCAAGCUGUACAUGCCGAACAGGCGCUGCACUGCAAUCGAGGUCAGUGAAGCCCUGGCAACCAGGUUUGGCGGCUCCUUCAUGGCUGCUUGGGGCCAGGAGAUGGUUGUGUCUGCUGGCGAUUUCUUGGCGAGUGGGAACAAGUCUGCUGAUGGAACCAUCCAAGAGAUCAUCCGCAUCGAGCAGGGGGCAUUCAUCCAAACCUACCGCGAGGCAAAGUGA